UCCACGCUGCGAGAAGGCUGGCGUUCACCUAGUUGCUGACGUCAGGGUGGGGCUGAGAACCGCUAGGCUUUUAAGCCGCGUCCUGGGGCUGUGCGCAGGCGCCCCAGAGAGGAAGGCCUGGCACGCUUCAGCCAAUGAGAGCGCGACCUGCGGCCCGACCCAGAGCCGGACUCCUCUCGAGCAAGCCUCUGCGGCAGGCGCCGACGGACGGGUGGAGCAGUACGCGCCCAGCUGAGAUUUCUCGGGUGGGGACUCAGCACCGCGGGUAGGAGCCUGUCAGAGCCUGUCGUCAGGUGGGGCGAGAGCGGGCGGGAGCUCCGGCCCGGCGGCGCGCGCUCGUUGGCCGGGCUGGCGCCCCGGUGCGCAUGCGCUCCUGCCUGGCCCAGCGCAACCUUGCAGAGCCCUGCGAGAGGAUCGACCGUCCUUCCUCCUGGUACCUGGUGGGAGGUGGAGCAGUGAUUAAUGGAUGCCUGGAAGUUGACCUACAUAUAUAUUCAGAAAUGUUUUGCCACCUGAGACCUGUGAGGAGGUUAUGUCCAGGAAAGAUAUUUCCAUACUGGUUUCUCUACUCAAGAGCUUUAUCAGGAGCUGAAGCAGUCAAUGCCUUGAGGCCAUUCUAUUUUGCUGUACAUCCAGAUUUCUUUGGACAGCACCCCAGGGAAAGGGAAGUCAAUGAAAAUUCUCUUAAGAGAUUAAGUGCCUACUUAGAAAACCUCCAGAAACCAGGCUUCAAGUCUUUGAAACCAACCCAGCUUAUGUUUUAUGUAAGAGAAACAGACCAGAACUCCUCUGAUGGCCAGGAACACUUCAGCACUUCCGGAUUUCGAGCAGUCAAAUUUACUUUGCACACCAGAGAUCUGCUAAGCACAGUGUUAUAUAUUCUCAACUCCUGCAGUUUAUCUAUUGAACAUAUCCAAAGCUUGAAUACUAAUGUGCACUCCCAGCCUCUCAAAGAGGCCACAAGGAUAUCUGACAGGCCCAUCAAAUGGGACAAGUCUUACUACUCCUUUACUGGAUUCAAGGACCCUGAUGAAGACCUCGAGCAAGUCUGGAGAAUGGAAACAACCCUAACAUCCUGGUUAGAUAAUAAUGGGAAAAGUGCUGUUAAAAAGCUGAAGAAUAGUUUGCCACUUAGAAAAGAACUAGAUCGUUUAAAAGAUGAACUGUCCCAUCAAUUGCAGCUCUCGGAUAUCAGGUGGCAGAGGAGCUGGGGCAUCGCCCACCGCUGCAGUCAGCUGCACAGUUUAGGCCGCUUAGCCCAGCAGAACUUGGAAAGCCUUAAAAAUGCAAAAGGAUGUACAAUAAUAUUUACAGACCGGUCCGGGAUGAGUGCAGUGGGCCAUGUGAUGCUGGGAACAAUGGAUGUCCAUCAUCACUGGACAAAACUUUUUGAAAGAUUACCGAGUUAUUUUGACCUGCAGAGGAGGCUGAUGCUUCUGGAGGACCAAAUAAGCUAUCUUCUAGGUGGCAUCCAAGUUGUUUAUAUCGAAGAAUUACAGCCAGUGUUGACACUUGAAGAAUAUUACUCUCUUCUCGACGUGUUCUAUAAUAGACUCUUGAAAAGUCGAAUACCUUUUCACCCUCGAAGUUUGCGUGGUUUGCAAAUGAUCCUUAACAGUGACAGAUAUGCUCCAAGUUUGCACGAACUUGGGCAUUUUAACAUUCCUAUCCUCUGCGAUCCAGCAAACCUCCAGUGGUUUAUUCUCACCAAAGCCCAACAGGCAAGAGAGAACAUGAAAAGAAAAGAAGACCCCUGCACGACUUCUCCAGGUUGCCUGGCUUUCAGCGUCUGUGUCUUACCCUUGGCGGGCAGAAGACAGAACCUGUGCCCUGGUGGGGAGGGCGGCCUCCUCCAGCCUCUGGUCCUGGGGUUUUUCAGGAAUCUCCAGAAGUCGCUCCUGCCUGGGUCAGGGUUGGACUGUAGGGCCUCCUGAAGCUGCCGGUGGUGCUCUCAGCUUCCUGCUUUUCUCAGUCACCAACAGCUGCUCCCGGAGAAGGGAUAAGAGGCUUUUGAAUUAUGCAUUAAUUAGACAACAAGGACCUAUUGUAGAGCCCACGGAACCAUACUCAAUAUUUUGUAGUAACCUAUAAGGGAAAAGAAUCUGACAAAGAGUAGAUGUAUGUAUGUAUAACUGAACCACUUCUCUGUACGCCAGAAGCCAGCACAACAUUGUAAAUCAACUACACUUCAAUUAAAAACAUUUUUUAAUUAGAAGUUAAACUUAAAUAAAAAAUAAAAAUUUUUAAAAAGCCAAAAAAAUUAUUGUAUUAAUUAUCUUUACCCCAUUACUGGUAAAAAGAGUUAACAAAUACGUAGAGAUACAUGUGGUAAUAAUAGGUGCUACAAGAUACCUAUGGACAGUCUUUUGAGCGUAUAAUUUGGCCUUUGUGGAUACCAUUUUCAGUGUUGAGAGUAGAAAGUUAUGGCCCAAUAUACAAAAAUAUUUUUUACAUUUUAUGUUCUUUUAUUUGGUUAUAGCUUGUGGCAAUCAGAUGUUUGUUUUCAACAUAACAGGUUGAAAGUCAUUGAAAACGAAUUGAUGCAGGCUUCCACGAAGAAAUUUUCUCUGGAAAAGUUUUAUAAGGAGCCCAGCGUUUCAAGUAUACAAAUGGUGGAUUGUUGUAAGAGACUUCUAGAACAAUCACUGCCUUAUC